AGAUGCUGUUAACAUCAUCAUGGAUAGUAGACGUUUUUGCUUUCUCUGCAAUAUUAUCAACACUGCUCUACGUAUAUUUCACCAGAAAUUUUAACUACUGGAAAAAACGCAAUGUGUUCCAUCGAAAACCUGUGCCAUUUUUUGGUAAUUUCAAAGCUGUAGCUACAAUGAAAUCAACUAUAGGAGAAUGGCUACGUGAUGAGUAUAACAGAGCAGCUAAACAACCUUACUUUGGAAUUUUUGUUUUUGACGAACCGAAACUAGUAAUUAAAUCUCCAGAAAUAAUCAAAAAUAUAAUGAUAAAAGAUUUUAGCAAUUUUUCUGACAGAACAUUCGCAUUUCCAAAUCACAAUGAAGUAGAGUCAAACUUCUUAUUUUUCAUGCCUAACCCUAAAUGGAAAAAACAUAGAUCUCAGCUUUCUCCAGCUUUUACCUCAGGAAAGCUGAAAGGAAUGCUUCCUAUAAUACAUGAAGUUGGCGAGACUCUUCAAAAAUAUUUAUAUAAAAACCAAACGGUUUUGGAAGCAAAAGAAGUUAUGGCAAAAUAUAGUACAGAUGUAAUAGGAAAAUGUUUUUUGGGUAUUAAUCCUCAUUGCUUUGAUAACGAAAAUGCAUUGUUCAGAGUUUUAGGACGAGCGAUGUUUGAUUUUAGUGUAAAAACAGCAUUAACUCAAACUGCAUAUUUUUCUACACCAGGAAUUGUUAAGUUUUUUAAAAUCAAUUUCUUUGACCAAUGGAUUAUAGAUCAUUUCACUGAAUGCUUUGGUAAAUCUUAUGAGGCCCGGGAAAAAUCUAAGAUUAGGAAAAAUGAUUUUAUCGACAUUUUACGAGAUAUGGAACGUAAAGGAGCUAUAGAUAAAGAUAUCGGGUCAAUUCAGGGAUCAAGUAUGCAAUUUUUCGUUGCUGGUUUUGAGACUACAAGUUCGACCACUUCGUUUACUCUUUACGAACUGUGUCUGAAUAAAACAAUACAAAAUAAACUAAGAAGCGAAAUUCUCGCCAAUAUAAGAGAGAAUAAGGGAAUAACGUAUGAAGGUGUUAUGCAAAUGAAGUAUUUAGAUCUGUGCAUUAAAGAAACACUACGAAAAUACCCAGUUUUACCGUUUCUGGAUAGAAGAUGUUUGAGUAAUUAUACUAUACCUGGAACGGACCUUGUAAUUGAAAAAGGCUCGAGCGUUUACAUUCCCAUGUUUGGUCUGCAUUACGAUGAAACAUAUUUUCCUGAACCGACGAAAUAUAACCCUGAAAGAUUUGAAGACACGAAUUACAAUACUAAUGGUUUGGUGUAUUUUCCGUUUGGAGAAGGUCCUAGAAUAUGCAUAGGUGAACGAUUUGGACUAAUGUCUGCUAAACUCGCACUGAUAUAUACGCUAACGAAAUUCGAAGUAGAAAAAUGUGAAUCUACUCCCGAUCCAUUGGAGUUUGAGCCCAAAUCUCUUGUUUUACAAUCCAAAGUUGGAGUUCCUAUGAGAUUUAAACAUUUAGUUCCAUCGCCUGCAUAAAACAAAAAUUGAAUUAGAA